GCAAACAGGCUGCAGAGGCUGCUGCUGCUGCUGCUGGAGGAAGACUUGCGUGAGGAAGACUUGGCAGACUAAAGACGAACUCACCAGUGGAGCGCCCACCUUCUUAUUGUUGUUUUUUAAACAUUUGACCUUUUUUUGCUCAUGGAUAAUCGGAUUUGCUGCAGAAUGAUGGACAGCUGAGGACGCGACAGCAACCGGACCAACAGCACCGUGACUGCAAGUGGAUAAUACUUCUAUUUACAGAAAGCACUUCUCAUCCACGAGUUCAAACUUCCUCAACGCCUCAGCUGGCUCAUCUCCUGGGGGAAGGUGUCAUGGCGGCGUACGGACAGACUCAGUACAGCCCCACCCUUCAAGCUGCCGGACCAUACGCACCUUACACACAAGGCUACGGCGUGCCCUCCUACAACAUCAAAACAGAGGAUGGCCUGAGCCACUCGCCGGGGGGACAGACGGGACUUUUGGGCUACUCCAACUUUAGUGGCGCCCCCACCAGUCAGAGCCUGUACAGCUACUCGCACACACACGGUGCAGGGAUUUCCUCGGGACUUUUCCAAGGCGGCCAUGCCAUCUCCACUUCCACACCAUUCAACCCCACCCAGCAAGAGUUCUCGUCGUACUCCAGCUACAGUCAGAGUCAGUACUCACCCUAUUACAACGCAUCGCAUCACUACAACAGCCCCUACUUGAGCGGCAGCAACAUCAGCCCCGCCGCCAUCGCCGCCCCGCUAGCCUAUCAGCACCCAGAGCACCCCGUCAUGUUACCCAGCCACAGCCCAGAGUCUCACACAGGGGAGUACCACCCGCCACCCAGUCCACCCACGCCAGGUAAAGAGGAGGUAGACAGGGGCGGAGUCUCAACGCGAAGGGGGUGCGACGGGAAGCUGAGGGGGAGGAAAAGAGUCAAUGACCCCGCGCCACCUUUGGAUGCUGACAUUGAGCGCGUGUUUAUCUGGGACCUGGAUGAAACCAUCAUCAUUUUCCACUCACUCCUCACGGGAACGUUCUCCUCAAGAUUUGGCAAGGACUCAUCAAAAGCAGUGUCUCUGGGUUUGUGGAUGGAGGAGAUGAUCUUCAAUCUGGCUGACUCGCGACUCUUCUUCAACGAUUUGGAGGAAUGUGACCAGGUUCAUAUCGACGACGUAGCAUCAGACGACAAUGGACAGGACUUGAGCACGUACAAUUUCGGGACUGAUGGCUUCCAGAGCCCAGCGGGGGCCGGCUCAUUGUGCCUGGGCUCAGGGGUCCACGGGGGGGUGGACUGGAUGAGGAAGCUGGCGUUCCGAUACCGGCGGGUCAAGGAGAUUUACAACACUUACAAGAAUAAUGUCGGAGGUUUGCUGGGCAGCCCCAAGCGGGAGGAGUGGCUGCAGCUGAGGAGAGAGAUGGAGGUUCUCACCGACCUGUGGCUGACCCAAGCUCUCAAAGCUCUGGCCCUCAUCAGCACCAGGCCCAACUGUGUAAACGUGUUGGUGACCACCACCCAGCUCAUCCCAGCUCUCUCCAAAGUCCUUCUGUAUGGUCUGGGAGCAGCCUUUCCCAUCGAGAACAUAUACAGUGCCACCAAGAUUGGCAAAGAGAGCUGCUUCGAGCGCGUCUCUCAGAGGUUUGGUAGGAGAGCCGUCUACGUGGUGGUUGGGGACGGAGCCGAAGAGGAGACAGUGGCUAAGAAGAAGAACAUGCCGUUCUGGAGGGUGUCCUGCCGGGCAGACCUGGAAGCUCUUAGCCACGCACUGGAGCUCGACUACCUCUAGAGGGCGACACCUCCACCUGUAUCACCACUUGAACGCUUGAACUAAGGCACCCUGGAAGGGCCAUUAAAGACUGAUUCGGAAUCAGUGGAGAGAACCACGGGAAGUUUGUUGGCGACGCUGCACGACGCCGAAAAGACCAAAUAAAUUGCGGGACAAAAAAGGACCAAACAACUGGGAAUUACCAUGAAUCUUUGUUAUUAAAUUCAGCUCGUCUCAGCUCAAAAAUGUUCUUUCAUUUGCUCUGCAACGGUUUUACUCAUGAAAACCACAUUUUCAAGUCUUAACAGACUGGUUAGACUAUUAAAUCAAUUUGCGUCAUAGUUAGAGGCUAUUAAAAAUACUCUUGAUUGUAUUUCACCAGUUUAAAUGUGAGCUAUUUAUUGUUGGAAAAAAAAUUAUGGCCUUGUCAUUAUGGGAUGUAAAUGUUUGUAUGCUGUGUGUUUUAAUCCCUUCUUUUAACCCGUUGUUAUGUAAAUGAGAUGAGACUCUUAGGUUUGUGCAUGUGCUAUGAUUACACUGCCUGUCAUCUUUGCUACGAUUUGUAUAUAAUGCUUUAUAUGGUCACUUUCUUUUGACAGACGGUUAAAAUAGACUUAAUAAAGAAUAAGUUAAUUGCAUUGAGGAGGCCUUUCUUUUCACUUUUAAUCGUUUUGAAAAAAGAAAAUACGUCACAGUUCUACAUUUUUGUAUUAGGUAAUAAUUAUCAAUAAAUUACAACUAG